GACAGAGAGAGAGAAAAUAACCUUGUGACGUUAUUUCACCACCACCUGCUCGGGCUGGUUACAACAAAUAUAAUCCCCGUGCUUUUGUCUCUCUCUCUCCCUUUUUUACUUCUUAUUCUUGUCGGAAUCUGGGCCAGUCAGAACUCGCUGCCAGCUGCGUGACAACGGAGCGCCGAGUUUCUGCAGCGCAUCGAGGGGGAGACGGAGGAGCUGGCGACCGCAUGCAUCCACGUUGUUUUUGUUUUGUUUUGUUUUGUUUUUACUGCCACUGGUCCCUGACGCAUGUGACGGCAUCUUCAUGAGGACCCGGUGCCCCCCAAAUCAAAGACUGAACACAAACCAGACGCAGAUUGAAAACCAUGACGGCCAUCAACGCACCUCAGGACAGAUACCACGCAGUAUGGAUUAUUUUCUUCAUCCUGGGCUUGGGAACACUUCUACCGUGGAAUUUCUUCAUGACAGCAACAGUGUACUUCACAAGCCGACUGAAAGAUCCAAUAACAGAACACAACAACGCGACUUCAGAACGCAACAUGCUGGAGUCAAAGUUCAACAACGUCAUGACGCUGUGCGCCAUGGUGCCUCUGCUCAUUUUCACCUGCCUCAACUCCUUCAUACACCAAAGAAUCCCUCAGAAGCUGCGCAUCUCAGGCAGCUUGGCUGUCAUCUUCCUAGUCUUCAUGGUGACGGCUAUCAUGGUCAAAGUGGACAUAGAGCCUGUUCCCUUCUUCACCCUCACUAUGAUUAAGAUUGUCUGCAUCAACUCGUUCGGCGCCGUUCUGCAGGGCAGUCUGUUUGGACUCGCAGGGAUUCUGCCCGCCUCCUACACCACUCCCAUCAUGAGCGGACAGGGUCUGGCUGGCACCUUCGCUGCCUUCUCCAUGAUCUGCGCCCUGGCCAGCGGAUCAGAACUGCAGGACAGUGCUUUUGGCUACUUCGUCACGGCCUGUGUCGUUAUUCUUCUGGCCAUUAUGUCCUACUUCAUGCUGCCCAAGAUGGAGUUCUUCCAGUAUUACAUGGAGAGUAACAGAUCAGCACCGUCUGCUGACGAGGAGAACAAGAUGGACUUACUGAAGAAAGACAAUCUGGACGAGAAGCGACCGGGGACGGACCUGAUGGAGGAGGAAACCGGCGGCGGCACGUCUGUGUUCAACAUCUUCAAACAGAUCUGGGUGACGGCUCUGUCUGUGUGCUUCAUCUUCACCGUCACCAUAGGAACGUUCCCGUCGGUGACCGUAGACGUCGAGUCAACGGUGGCGAACGGCAACGCCUGGGAAACGUACUUCAUCCCCGUGUCGUGUUUCCUCCUCUUCAACAUGAUGGACUGGGCCGGCAGGAGCCUGACGGCCGUCUGCAUGUGGCCGGGUAAGGACAGCAUCUGGCUUCCUGUCCUGUGUGGCGUCAGAGUCGUCUUCAUCCCGCUCUUCAUGCUGUGCAACGUCCAUCCUCGGAAAAACCUCCCCGUGGCGUUCGCUCACGACGCCUGGUACAUCUUCUUCAUGAUCCUCUUCUCCUUCUCCAACGGAUACCUGGCCAGCCUCUGCAUGUGCUUCGGACCCAAGAAGGUACCGCAGCAUCAGGCGGAGACAGCAGGCGCCAUCAUGGCCUUCUUCCUGUCCCUCGGCUUGGCGCUGGGCGCUGCGGUCUCUUUUGGUAUCCGGGUCGUGAUCUAAAAGCCUGAGUUUGUAUUGUACAUAAGACCGCCUCACCCUCAUCACCUCCACCCGACACGAGCCUGUCUGGGGUGGAGGAGCAGAAACCAGGGAGGACUGAAAACCCUCAGUCCUUCACGUGUUCAGCAGGAACUCAUCCUGCCAAAAGCUAAAAAGUGUUAACUUAAUGUUUUUAUUUUUAUUUUUUACUCCAGAUUCAGGAAAUGUGUUUACUUUAAGCCAAAUGUGUUAGAUGGUACAGACAAAUGUUUAAGCAGCAGUUCUCAUGUAAAUCAUAAGAACUGAAAUAAUGCAAUAAUGCUUUUAUAAAACUUUACUGUUCUUCUUGAUCAGCUUUCAGAGGUGAGAGAAACCUCGUUAGAUGCGUUCAGAUGACAUCUGAUCACAGCUGCGUACGCAGCGGUGAGAGAUGCGCACCAGUAUUUAUAACCAGCAGGUACGAUUUAUAAGCUGUGAUCAUUAAUAGUUAUAACAGAUGUAAAAGUGCCACUCAGUGCUGCACGGCAGGCUCAUGUGAAGAAACCAAAUACACAAAGAGAGACGGGAACACAAAGAACUGGAUCCCUUCUGACAAACCAC